ACCACUAUGCCUUCAGCGGGCUGUCAGUAGAGGUCACGCGGCUGCUGCCUCCGCCGAGCCGACCCACGAUGUCCGUGUUGUACCCCACCGUGCUGCUCUGUGUCUUCGGUUUCUUCUUCAGCCUGCGGCCCUCGGAGCCGUUCCUCACGGCCUUCCUGCUGGGACCGGACAAGAACCUGACGGAGAGCCAGGUAGUGAAUGAAAUCUUUCCCGUAUGGACGUACUCGUACCUGGCGUUGCUGUUCCCCGUCUUCCUGGUCACAGACUACCUCUGUUACAAGCCCGUUCUGGUGCUUCAGGCCACCAGUUUAGUCGUGACGUACGUGAUGCUGCUGAAGACUGACGGCCUCCUCGCCAUGCAGCUCCUGGAGUUCUUCUUUGGCCUGGCCACGGCCGCCGAGGUCGCCUACUACUCGUACAUCUACAGCGUGGUGGAUCCGGCCUACUACAAGAGAGUAACGGGUUUCUGCCGCUCCGUCACUCUCUUCGGAUCGGCCGCCGGCUCUUUGAUCGGUCAGCUUCUGCUCUCCGUGGCCAAAGUCCAGCUGAUCCACCUCGUCAUCAUCACACUGACGUCGGCCUCCGUGGCCUUUGUUGCCCCGUGGUUUCUCCCAAUGCCGAAGAGGAGUCUUUUUUUCCACGAAAGUCCAGGAUCGGUGGAGGAGGAGGAGAGAGAGAGGAGGAGCAGCGCCGCCCUGCUGGAGAAGGCUGAAGACACAGAGCAUAAAGCGCCUCAAAAUGGGCAGGACGUCUCCACAAUACCCAACGCUCCAGACACAAAAAUUCCUCCUAUGGGUCUUCUGGAUGUGCUGCGGAUGCUGUUUGAAGACUUCCUGCAGUGCUACAAGUGUCGCCCCCUGCUGGCGUGGUCAGUUUGGUGGGCUCUGGCGACCUGCGGAUACUUCCAGAUCAUCAACUACGCCCAGCCGCUGUGGGAGAAAGUUCGACCCUCGCAGGAUUAUGAGAUCUAUAACGGAUAUGUGGAGACGCUGUCCACGCUGCUGGGCGCUCUGGCGGCCCUCCUGGUGGGUUACCUCCCCGUGUGCUGGUCUCUGUGGGGCGAGCUGGUUCUGUGCGUCCUCUCCCUGCUCAUGGCGGCAUGCGUGUUCGCCAUGGACAUAGUGAAAAACAUCUGGCUGUGCUACGGCUCGUACAUCCUCUUCAGAGCCACGUACAUGCUGCUCAUCACCGUGGCGACCUUUCAGAUCGCAGCCAGUCUGAACAUGCGGCGUUAUGCUUUGGUGUUUGGGGUCAACACCUUCAUGGCCCUGCUGCUGCAGACUCUGCUCACGCUGGUCGUCGUCGACUCGGUCGGCCUCGGCCUCGACGUCUUCACCCAGUUCUUCAUCUACAGUGGAUACUUCGCCCUCAUUUCGAUGAUCUUCUUCAUCGCCGGGCUCUACAAACUGGUCUCCAGGAGGUGCUCUGCGGAGGAGGUAUUAGCCAACGGCUCGGCAGAUACGGGGUCAGACCCGCCUCUGAACGGGGACGCCUGCUCCAGCUGAACAUUUUCAUGAUGCAAAGGCAGGAAAGGUGAGAGAGCAGAGCAGAGCUGCAGCCAGAGUCAGAUCACAGGACGACUUAAAACUGUUUGACAGCUCUCUUUGUCUCUUUGUGGGGCUGUAACUGACUGAAGUUUGUCAAAGGAACUACAAACCUCCAUAUCAUCAUACUCCUCUCAUAGUUAAGCAGACUUAAAAGCAUUUCCAUCCAACUAGACCUCAUGACUAGACUAGACUUUAGUUGUUAAAUGAGCUCAAGUUUACGUAGCUUCACAUGCAGCCUGGGAUAAUCUCUUAUAAUUAUAAUCAGCUUCUGCUAAAAGCCUCACAAACCUUUAAAACUGAAGGAACUCAGUUAUAAAAUCAAGCAGAGUGACUCUAAAACCCCUCCUAUCAGCUGGAAAAACACUGCCUGUUAACUUAAAAAGCUUUGCUUGCUGUCUUUAGUGGCUAAAAACCCCAGAUCUGUUUCUUUUGAUGGCCUUUGGCACCGAUUUAGACCCAUUUAAACCCUACAAAUGAAGGAACCCUUAUUUUAAUAGAAGCCAAGUAAACUCCCAACCCAUCCGGAUAUACUGGGGGCUCAAAACAUCAUGAGAAAAACAUGGAUUUUUGAAGGAACCUGCUUUAACUGGGGGAUUAUUUGAAUUUUCUUAAGAUUAAAAGAAGGACUCUUUAAGUAAGAAGAGUCUUUACAUGCUUUCAACCCCUCCUGACAUGCUGACUGCAAAAAAACACAAGAAAAAUACCCAUUUUUAACAUGGGAAGACUUUAUUUAGUGUGCAAAACACUGCAAUUUUUCCCCUCUGAGCGUAUUUAUUUAGUAGUUACUAGUUACAGUCUCUGAAUUUGUUUUGAGGAGGGGUAGACCUUCAUGGAUAAUUUGGCACCAAUUCAUAACUAGUAAAACUAUAUAAAUGAAGGAAUCCUUCUCUGAAUAGAAGCUAAAAAAACUUGACGUGUGCUGAUGAACUUGGGCUGCAAAACAGCCGACAAAUCAACGAUUUUUGAGCAGGAAACCCCUUUAUUCAGUAAACUAAUGGUUUAUAAUCUCUGAAUAUGUUUGUUUUAAAGAGGAUGUUAGUAUUGGCUGUGAAUAUCAGCAUAUAUCGACUAUAGAUUUUGCCCGUAUAUACUAAUUAUUAGAGGAGUUAAUGGCCGGACCAACAGACUUAUGUUGGCUGAGGGUUUUUGAUGUAUCUACACUCAUUCUUUAAACUUUGAAGUGUUAUUUAUGGACUAAAUUUCUUUGUCAAUUCCCAAACCUUAAAGGAUGGAAGUUUUAUGUCUGAAAAACAUUCAAAAAUGAAUCUGUAAAUAUCGGCAAAAGCCCGAGCUUGCAACCCCUCCAUGAAAAACACUCAUUUUUAACACUGACUGACUUUAUUAAGUCCUGAUUGGUUUUGACGCCUGGAAAAGUUGCUUUUAAAGAGUGGUAGAUUGUAGUAGAUUUACAAAAUCUUUGUAAACGAUAUAAGAAAAGAAGACAUCUAUGCCUAGUUACAAACUUGACAGGAUGCAAGCCAAUUUGAACAUGCCGUGGCAGCAGAGCAGCAUCAGAAAAGCCCACUUUUUAAAAAUAAACCUUACUUUAUUCUGUUUAUUUGAGAGCUGGAUAGUUCAGCUGCUGCUAAAACCUGGAUUACUUAAAAAGAAUAAAUAAAAAUAGCCCCUCCUGACAUGUUAGGUCUGCAAAACACUUGAGUUUUAACAUGGGCAAACUUUAUUUGUCUGCUUUACACAUUUUGAUCUGUUAGUAAUGGAGACGCAGGGGCUUUCAUUGAUAAUUUGGCUCUAGUUUGUCGCCACUAGACACAAGGCUAGCAGGCUCUGAGCUCCUCCUGCGGAUCUGUUUCUGCAGAAUAGCAUGAGAAAACCCCUAUAAAACUGCUGUCUUUAACAUGUUUACCUAUUUUAACCGCUAGCUGUGGUUGUUUUAGAAAAGCGCACACCUCUACACCUCUGAGUAAAAUUCCUGAUAAUCACUGACAGUUCAUUUUCUGACUCGGGUUACAGCUUGUUACGCUGCUGCUCCUGCACUGCUGCAGCUGAGAGAACGAGGGUGUUGAAAUUGAGAUGAAAAAAUGUACACUGACUUUGAGGGCUGACGCCUUGUUUGCACUUUUUUUUUUAUAAUCAAAGUGGGUCGGGGAAUCUCCAGGGAUGUUGGUUUUUAAACCCUUUAAGAUGAUAAAUGCUGAUUUAAAAGAUCAGACUACUAAUCAGAGAUUAAAGAUUGUGUCUUAUGUACAUCGCUUGCUUGUAUGGAGCCCUUUUGCCUUAGAACACUUCAACAGCACUUUAUAAGGCAGCAUUUAUCUUCUAAACAAGCCAAAAAAACUUUUAUUUUUCUAUUUAUUCUUUCCUCCUGCUGUUGUGUGUUGUACUAUCAUUGAUAAGUGUUAUACUCUAAGGACUAUCAGUGUUACGCUUAUAAAUGUUGCUUUUUAUGAACACAAUCGUGCCUGUGUAAGACGCUCAUCACUCUUAAACUUCUUGAUUGAUAACUUGAUCUGUAAAGUGCCUCAAACGUUCAAAAAUAUCAACAGCUGCUUCAUCGUACAGAAGGCUAGAUCCCUGAUUUUCCCAGGGAUUUUAAGAGCUUCUCCUUGAGUUUCUUUUCAAAAAUGCAAUUAAAAAAAAAAAAGAGCAGAAAACUUCGUAGCACAAAAGUAGACGCUCUGAAAAACAGGCAAUACUUGAAAUUCGAUUCUUCUGCAUUGGUUUACUUUGCACAUGGUUUUUAUUGACAACAAGUGAAAUAUUGAUUGAGCUUUAAUGUGUGAAUGCGAUGACCAAAUUAUUCUAAAACAUCAUGAAACUUUGGAAGAAAUUACCAAUUUGGAAAAAAAGUCUUCCAAGAAUGUAAUCGUGACAUGUGGGAAAGUGGGAUCACUUUCAGCAAUGUGUGUUUUUUUUAUUUCUUACUUUCUGUUACACUGUAAACAAACAUAACUGUUGUGUUUUUACAUGGUUUUGACACAUUACAUACAAUUUGGGUGUCAGAUACCAGGUGAUAAUCAUCACUGCUUGGUGUAUAAACCUGAAAUUUUAGUUCUGUGUCUCCAACAGAGUUGAAAUAACAUUGCAACUUUUAACUCUUAUUUACAAAGAGAAACACUUCAUUGAUCAUACAUUAUAAUGACGAAAUGAAGUGCAUUCCCUGGUUGUAUUAUGUUUAUCUUUUCUGAUGUUGUUGGAAUUAAUGUGUAAAGAAUGAGAGGUAUGUGUUUAUUCCUCUGUUAAAACUUUGCCUUUUUUAGACCUUGAUGUAAAUGAACUGUCUUUGUUGUCUGUCAGAACUGUAAAGAUUUCUUUUAAAAUGUGGCUUGAGUAAAAUGACUGUGUUUCUUUUGCA